UGGAAAAAAAAAACAUGGGAGAAACUCCAGAGAGUUGAGCUCACAGGGUCCUGAGUGGGAGGUGGAGCGCAUUUCCAGGCAGGCUGCAGAUUGUGAUAAGUUAGCAAGCAUCCAGUUGCUGCUAACCGGCAAGCUCCUUCCUUCUGCCUCAUCUCACCACGGCGGCACACGUGAAGCCCACUGUGUGCAGAGUCAUCGUCUAUUUACAAAGAGAAAUGUCUGGUGACACUUGUUUGACAGCGAUGUGCCCUGCUUCGGGCGCCAAACCAAAAACCUACAGCUUUAAAGGAGGGUGCCUUGGGAACAAGUACGUACGGCUAAAUGUUGGAGGCUCUUUAUACUACACUACAGUACAGGUUCUCACAAGACAUGACACCAUGCUGAAGGCUAUGUUUAGUGGUCGAAUGGAGGUCCUCACAGACAAAGAAGGUUGGAUUCUCAUUGACCGUUGUGGUAAACACUUUGGGAGUAUUUUAAACUAUCUUCGAGAUGACACCAUUGCACUUCCAAAGAACAGAAAUGAGAUCAAAGAGCUAAUGGCUGAGGCUAAAUAUUACCUCAUUCAGGGCUUGGUAGACAAAUGCCAGACAGCGUUACAGGAUAAAAAUGAGUCCUACGAGGCAGUAUGUAAUAUCCCUAUUAUCACAUCCCCUAAAGAAGAAGAGAAGCUGAUUGAAUCAUCUGCCAAGCCUGUAGUUAAGCUGCUAUACAACAGAAGUAACAACAAAUACUCCUAUACCAGUAACUCCGAUGACAACCUUCUGAAAAACAUUGAGCUGUUUGAUAAGCUUUCACUCCGCUUCAAUGGACGAGUCCUAUUCAUUAAAGAUGUGAUUGGCGAUGAGAUCUGCUGCUGGUCAUUCUAUGGUCAGGGGAGAAAGCUAGCCGAAGUAUGCUGCACCUCCAUUGUUUAUGCAACAGAAAAAAAGCAGACCAAGGUGGAAUUCCCUGAGGCACGCAUCUAUGAAGAGACCCUAAAUGUAUUACUCUACGAGACACCUCGCGUACCUGACAACUCCUUGCUGGAAGCCACAAGUCGAACUCGUAGCCAGGCAUCUCACAGUGAGGAUGAAGAGGGUUUUGAGCUUCGCGACCGCGUACGCCGUAUUCAUGUGAAGCGAUAUAGCACAUACGAUGAUCGACAACUUGGCCACCAGUCUGGUUACAGAGACUGACGCUACAACGGUCAUACUGAAAACUCGGUGAAGAUUUUCUUCACCUGGUGAAACUUUUUUAAUAAAUCCCUGUUUCUGGGAGGUUAUAACUUCCAGUAGUUCAUAUUCUAGCCUUUUCAUGCAUGUUGUAGUAAUCUCUUCUCCAGCCUACAAUUUCAUUUGAUGACAUAACUUAUUUGGAGACUGGGACAGGUUCAUUUUAGUGUAACCUUAGACCAAGUAGAGAAAAUUGUUCCCUAAUCUAUUUUUUUUUUUUUUUUGCCAACACAAGGUAUUUCUGCCUGCCAUUAAGUAUAAACUAUAUGGACUACCGGGUUCUGGUGUUCUGUGAGUUUCCUAAAGGAUCUCAAAUACAGCUGCUCAGGUUCUUUAUUUGUGUGAAUACAUACGUUAUAUCAAUGGCAAGUAAGGGUUUGGGGUUGGCAUUACACAUCUCAUGGUUUUGGAGGUCAGAUCUGGAUAUAUAAUAAGACCCUAUCUGAGACAUUUUGUCAGCGUUUGAGUAAGGCUUCAAAUUGCAACAGCAAUCCAAAUCAUUUCCGCUUGGCUGGUUAAUCCUGAUUGGAAUAUUUAGGUCUAGAAUUAUUUUAGCUUAAAGCAUGAUUACCACUUUGUCACCUAUCAUAAUUUCCUGGUUUUUGUUUUUUUAGAAGCUGUGGAUUGAUUUUGCAUCACGAUCUGCAAACUUUAAUAUUAUUGGUGCAUCAAAGCACCAAGAUUUGGUUACCCGACCAAACAUUUUUCUU